AAUUUAAACUUCACUUAAGAAAGUUGUAUAUUUAAACAUGGGUGUAAUCGAGUUUGUUAGUUUAGAACAGGAGACACAGUGUUGAACCCAAAACCCAAGACCCAAGGUUGAAACUUUGCUACACGCAGAGGGAGUGCAAGAGAAUGAUGAAUGUUAGGAUGAAGAGAGAACUGACAAGCUUAAUAAAGACUCCAAUAGAGAGACGGUGGUGUAAUGGAUUGCGCUGUUUCAGCUCUGUUUCUUCGAAUUGGAAGGGCGUCAUCCCCACUCUUCUUCAGCCCAGAGUUCUGCUGUACGACGCCGUUUCCCUCUUCUGCCACCGAGGAGUAAAAUGGGUAAUCAGAGCAGAUAAGUACAAACGGAUCAAAUUCUGCUGUGUUCAGUCUGAUGCCGCUGAGCCCUAUUUGAGAGCUUGCGGUCUUGACCGAGAGGAUGUCAUACGUCGAAUGUUGUUUGUUGAAGGCCUGAAUGAAUAUUCUCAGGGAUCCACUGCUGCAUUGCGAGUUCUGUCAUACUUACCGCGACCUUACUCUGCAUUAAGCUCACUCUGGGUGAUUCCUACUCCUCUCAGGGAUGCUGUCUAUGAUUAUGCAGCAAAACAAAGAUAUGAAUGGUUAGGUAGGGCUCAAGAUUAUUUGGUUUUGCGAGAGAAAGAUCUGCUUGAGCGUUUCAUUGAUAGGGAAGAACUGAUGAGACGAGCUCAGGAUUUGGAGUUUUAGCCACAGUUUACACUUACAACUUUUUUCUUCUGUUAUCAGCCACAAUUUACACUUACAACUUACAACUUUUUUCUUUUGUUAUCUUGUACAAUGGUAGAUUGUAAAUUUGAAUUGCUUUAUGUUCAGAUUACACGUGGGAUUUAGAUUAAAUGUCAUUUGUCAUGA